UUCCUGAAUUAACUAACACCAACUAGCUUACCACUCUAGAGACGAUAAUAAUUAGAUUAACAAGCAAAAUUAGUAUCCAUAAGCCCAGCUUAAUUGCUAGUUAAUGGAGAGGUCGGGUAAAUCAACAACCAGGGGUGGAAGGGGAAACACGACCCGACGUUCCUCAUCAUUACCCCCGCAAACCCCACUGCCGCCCCGACGGUCUUCACCACCACCGCAACCGCAAACACCGCCAUCGCCAACACCACAAGUAGCCCCCGAGCUCUUAGCUGCAUCUAGAGCAAGAGCAUACUUCGACGACAUCUUUGGUCCAGCCUCCACGGGUCUGGUGAGGGAUCACCAUACUCCAGCAGCUCAAGCAGGAACAUCUCAAGCAGCGGAAAAUCACGACUAUAUAAGAACAAAUACUCCAUGGCCAUACGACUCAUCGAUAUACUACGGCGGCCAAGAUGAUAUCGUUUUUCCUAAGAAGAAACAGACCCCGAAGAAGCAGACGAUCGAUCCCUAUGACGAUAUAAAUGAUGAAACGUAUGCUAACAGAGGAGAUUGGUGGAAAGGGUCAUACCACUACUGAUGAGUUAUCAUAUAACGCCUCAAACGCAAUACAUAUAAAUACAUAUAAGUACAUAAUUAAGGAGUUGCACGUGCAUGUCACACCACUUCAAUUCCUUUUUUUCCUUAUUUCUAUAUAUAUUCGUAUGUGCUAGCUGGCUUGUGGACAAAAGUGAUCCUGGCAAUUAUCCCCUAUAUCUCAAAUAAAAGGAUAGUGUUGCCAAGGUUGCUAUCAACAUGUGUAAUCUCUGUUUAGUACAAAAAUACUACUACUUGAAUGUAGACCACAUCAUAAUGUUCUACAGAUACAUAUACAUGCUUUGACUUAUUGGAGUGUAGACCAUAUGAUAAUGUUCGUUGAUGUUAGUUUUCUCGCAUUUAAAUUAAUAGUAGAAUAGUGGUGAAAGUA